UUUAGGUGUUGAAAAAACAAAAUCGAUCGUGGAAACGUCGAAGAACAUCGUCGUGAAAGGUGGAACAUUUGGAAUUGGCGCUGCAGUGGUGGCCGCACAGCUGAGUUUGGCACUAUCAAGUGGUUGUGCUCUUCUUAUUAUCAAUUCCGUUGGAGAGGCACACCGAACCGGUCAGGAGUUCCUCUCCUCCAUUCGAAACACGGAAAAAGCCGUUGAGCAAAAGAUUUGGGCAGCUGUUGAAGAAGGAAUACGCGUCGCUAAGAUUCCUGUAGAUAAAGUGACUGAGGGCACUAAUAUCUUUUUGGAUGUUGUCAGCGUCUUAGUAGAACGAUCUUUUGGUAUUGUGGUUGAAGAAAAUGCGGAUUGCUCUGUGAAGCAGCGUGUAAGCCACCUAGCGCACAAAAUCGUUGACGCCUUCAACAACAAAGUAUUGUUUGAUUUCAAUUUUUUAUCGAUCCUGUCGUCGCUCCACUUCGACGAAGCUAAAGAGUACAGAACGAGACCGGAGGAGCUACUGAUGAGAACUAUUCGUUCUACGUCCGUUCAGCUGAGGGACAAUCUGCAGGCGCUAAAGGAUAAGCAGAUCUUCAGUGAUGGCACAAAAGUCGAUUCUUUAAUCGCUUACUUACAUGAACUUGACAGGAAUUUGGGAGAAUCAAACAAUAUCUAUGAAGUCAGAGAUGAGGUGCUUUCCGAAGCUCAUCAGCGUUUUUCUGAGGUGUCAACUUGGGCCUCUAAUCUUCUAAACGGCGAGAAACAAAGCAGUGAUUGA